CCGUAUGUCUCCAACCUAACCUAUAAACAUUGUUGGUUGAGGGUUGAGGAAUUCAGGUUUCAGGCCAGUGCUGUGGGUGUUGUGUAUUAAUCAUAAAAUAAAACGAAGAAAGUACCCAUGUGAAGGAUUCUUAAUAUAUUUUUCACAAUGCAUACUAAAAGGCUUAAUUUUUAAUUGAUAAAAGUCAAUAACGGACAAAUAUAUUGUCACUCCAACCUCUCGACUAAAUGCUCCAAAAUGUGAUUUCAAGUUGUCCCAGCGACACUUAAUUUGUACCAAAAUUAAAAAAGAAAUAUAAUUUUCAAGAAUCGGCGUCAAUGGGGAUAAUUUAAAACUUUGUUUUAAAUGACCACGACAUUGGAAGAAUUUUCAGAAGUUCAAUUUAUAAGGAAUAAAGUCCGGCUUUAAGACUGAUUCACCAAGAUGGCAGAUCUGUUUGAUCUUGCAAAUUUAAUUACAAAAGUGGGUGUAGAUGCUGUAAAAAUAAAACCCGAACCGGGUUUACCGGAAAAAACAUCAAAUGAAAUUCUAAGUGAGCUUUUUAGCACUUUCGAUGUUGACGAGGGAGUAAUUUCGCCUCGAAGUGAUGGGUCUGCUUCUGAGGCAAAUAUCAAGGUUAAAUCAGAAAAGAAGAAAAAGAAGAAGCAUAAGCACAAGGACAAGAAGCACAAGAAAAAAUCUAAACACAAUUCCUCCGAUAGCAGCGAUGGAGAAGGCCAGGGAACAAAGAAGAAGAAGAAACACAAGAAGAAAUCGAAACGGAAACAUGACGAGUGUUCGAACAAAUCUUCAGAUUCAGAGAGUUCCAAGACUAAAGUUCGAAAAAUGAUAAAUGAAACAAUUGUUAAAACUGAACGGAAUACUUUGAAAGAUGAAUUUGAUAUCUUGGGAAGAGAUGACACUCUAUUUGAUAAUUCUGGUGUAAAGAAGGAGCCAAAUGAAGGGGGUAAAACACAAAAAUCGAAAAAAGAAGAGGGUGGUGAUACUAGUCCAACACUGCCAAAGAUUUCAAAAAAAGGCGAGGAUAACGAUGAACCUCCUGUUCCACUUCUUCUCGAGAAACCGAAGAAGUUAGUCCAGGGGAAAAUUAUGAUAAAAGACUUGAAAAACAGCACUUUCUAUAAUGAAACUGUGAAAGAAAUAGAGAACAAGGAGCGAGAGAAAGCAGCAAGAAUGGAGGACGGUGAAAUAUCAGACAGUAGUGAAGACGCAAGAACACCUACUCUAAGUCCAUCUCCUCCUCGUGAUUAUAAAUCAAAAUCACCCAUUUCCAGCACCUCCCUGGAACGGUCAAAAAGGAAAAGUCGAAGUCCUGCGUCUCGGAAAAAAAUCAAAAAUGAUCUCCGACUUGUCCUGAAGGAGAAGCAUAAAAAAAAGGAAUCGAAAAGCAAGAGUAGCAAAGACGGUAAACACAAGAAUCACAAGGAAUCGAAAAGUGAUGGGAAAAGGAGUAACAGUUGUCAGUCGAGGGAUAAGAAAAGGUCUUCGUCACCACAACGCUCGCAUCGAAGUAGAAGCAGGGACCGAGAUAAGCGUCGGGGAAGAAGUCGGGAGAGGAGAGAAAGAAGAUGGAGUCAUGAUAGGUGGCAAGAAGACAGAAGCAGAGAUAGAAGACAUUACAGUAGGCAUAGAAGUCGAAGCAGAGAGAGAAAAGAGUGGAUCGAGAUUGAUAAGAAGAAGCUUUUGGAGAUUGCCAGGCGAAAUGCGAUAAACAUGAUUAAACGUGGAGCACUUCCUCUGGCACAAAGGGAUAAAGCUAUUGCUGCCAUACAAGCUGGAGGAAAAACAGUUGAUGAACUCACAGAUUUCUGCAAAACCCUUUCGAAAUCUGAAGCUCUUGGAGAAUUAUCGAGUAUUUCAUCAGACGGUGAUGGUAGUGGAUCAGAAAAGGGUUUCCAUCAUCCUUUCCUUCUAAAGGAGAGGCCUAAUUCCAUAAUAAUGAAUAUUAGAGACGCUAAGCAGUUGCCGACAAAAACUUUUCAAGAAAAAACGGCCGAAUCAUCGAACCAGCUGCGAUUGCAGUUUCCAGUUUCAAGCGGCCAACUUCAUCGAAAGACUGAAAGUGAAUGGGUGCCUGUGCCGCCGAAAAAGCCAGAGCCCAAAAAACAAUUUGUACCGGCGAGUGAACCACUUCGUUCUCUGCCGGCUCCACUUCCAGUACCAGCUCCACUUCCGGUACCAGCACCUGCACCUAUUCUGACUCCUGAGCCGGUGAAACAGCCUUCAAUUUUCCCCCCGACAGUGCCUGCCGAUAAUGUGGAUGUCGGUUUGAUCGUGUCGCAGAGACUUGCUGCUAUGAGAAAAUUGAGGGAAAAUCCACAUGACGUUUGUGCAUUAAAUGAAAUGUAUAGAGCACAGAAUGAGAUGAAAUCUUGGGCAGAGAGUAAGCAGAUGCCAGGUCAGUUUACAGGUAGCACUGGCGUAAAAGUACUGACACCAGCAGAACUUACUUCAGGUUAUCAAGCUUGGGCGCGUAAGGAUCAGUUGACAUCGGCACUGCCAGUUUCGGGAGGGAUGGGAAUGGCCUUGCUUCAAAAAAUGGGCUGGCGACCUGGGGAAGGAUUGGGGAAAAAUAAAGAAGGCACUUUAGAACCUCUACAACUGGAAGUCAAACUGGACAAGAGAGGUCUAGUUUCGGAUCAGGAUGUCGGAAGAAAACCCGGAAAGACUCAGAAGCCUGUGGUGCCAACUAUAAAAACUUUAGAGGGUAAACAUCCAGUUUCUCUUUUGGGCGAAUUCUGUUCGAAGCGCAAACUUGGAAUUCCAGUUUACGAACUUUGCUUCGAAUGUGGACCAGAUCACAAGAAAAAUUUCCUAUUUAAAGUGAAAGUAAACGGCAUUGAAUACAAGCCUAGCGUUGCAAGUCCAAAUAAGAAACAAGCAAAGGCAGAGGCGGCUCAAAUUUGUUUGCAAACGAUAGGCCUCUUGGCUUCGUAAUUUGAUAAAAGCUUACCAAUUUUAAAAUCAUUUUCUGAUCUCGUUUACCUUUUAUUGUUAUGUAAAUAAGUCAGAACCAAGGUACAUAAUUUUGAUCUGUAUUUUCUGUAUAUAUUAGACAUUAAAUGUACUUUUUUGUUUGUUUCAAUGUACAUACUCCUCUAAAGGUAAAAUUUUUGGUGUGAGCCCGCUAAAGAGAAAGGCGAGAAUAAAAGCUUUAUUAC